AAGCGACAGCUCCUCCAACCCAAACCAAACCCAGAAUUGAAUUGAAUUGAAUGGAUGUAACUCCACUCCACUGCCCCCACCCGAUAUAUUCGCCACAUUUUUAGGAGGCAUAUUCCCCCGAUUUAAAGAAUACUUCCUUCUCCUCCUUCCCCUCAUUUUUAACUGUAAAAACCACCAAAAACAUUUUCCCCUCUGCCGGAAAACCGGGGUGCCGGUUCUCGGAAUUCGGCGCCCUUAGCAUAAAUUUUGCGAUGGCGGUGGAUUUAUCCGGGAGAUCAUCAAUUCAUAAUGUGCUGGAGAGAGUCGGGAUCAGCCAGAAGCGGUGCAAGUACGAGAUCCAUGCUCAUGAUGAUGAAGAAGAUGGGACAAUGGAGAUGGUGCAGCUUGGGGCGGAGAGGACCAAAAAUGUUCUGAUUCUCAUGAGCGAUACCGGCGGGGGCCACCGUGCCUCCGCAGAGGCCAUUCGAGACGCCUUCAAUUUGGAAUUCGGAGACGAAUACAAUAUUUUUGUGAAGGAUGUAUGGAAGGAGUACACUGGGUGGCCUCUGAACAACAUGGAGCAACAAUACAAAUUUAUGGUAAAACAUGUGCAGCUGUGGAGUCUGGCAUUUCAUGGCACCUCCCCGCGGUGGAUACAUUCUAUAUACCUUGCUGCCAUUGCUGCCUUCUAUGCAAAGGAGGUUGAAGCUGGGCUGAUGGAAUACAAGCCAGACAUUAUCAUUAGUGUUCAUCCUCUUAUGCAGCACAUCCCACUGUGGGUUCUUAAGUGGCAAGGCCUUCAGAAGAAAGUUAUUUUCGUUACCAUCAUUACCGAUCUCAACACUUGCCAUCGUACAUGGUUCCAUCCAGGUGUCAAUAGGUUGUACUGUCCCUCAGAAAAGGUCGCAAAGAGGGCACUCCUUGACGGUCUGGAAGAAUCUCAGAUACAAGUUUUCGGGUUACCUAUUCGACCCUCUUUCUGCCGUGCAGUUCUCUCUAAGGAUGAGCUAAGAGUAGAACUGGAGAUGGAUCCGAUGCUACCAGCAGUUUUGCUGAUGGGAGGCGGUGAAGGCAUGGGCCCUGUCAAGAAAACAGCAAAGGCCCUUGGAGAAGCAUUGUUUGAUAAAACAGUUGGGAAACCGAUUGGGCAAGUGGUCGUCAUAUGUGGGCGCAAUGAAUCUCUUGCCUCCACAUUACAAGAACACGAAUGGAACAUACCUGUUAAGAUAAGAGGCUUCGAGAAACAAAUGGAGAAGUGGAUGGGAGCUUGUGACUGCAUUGUAACAAAGGCUGGACCAGGUACAAUUGCAGAAGCACUAAUCAGAGGGCUCCCCAUCAUUCUCAACGAUUACAUUCCUGGCCAAGAAAAGGGAAAUGUAUCGCAUGUAGUGGACAGCAAUGCUGGUGUUUUCACACGAAACCCAAAGGAAACGGCUAGGAUUGUAUUGGAAUGGUUUAGCACCAAGUGCGAUGAGCGACAUAGAAUGGCUGAGAACGCGCUCAAACUCGCACAACCCAAUGCUGUUUUUGACAUUGUGAAGGACAUCCAUGAGCUUGCAGCGCAACGAGGCCCUCUUGCUGACGUCCCUUACACUCUCACAUCCUCUUUUUCUAGCUUGAUAUGAUCAUGUACACUAGAUAGAUUCGCAUUUUCUUGUUUUUCUACCACUUCCAAGGUUUGUUUGUUGUAGAAUAAGAUUAUGUACAGGACAUGUUAAUUAAUCAUCUCAUCCUUUGUUAAUGGUUGUGAUGUUCACCAUAAACUCUUUUUUUUUGG